CGCGCGGGCCAUGGCGGCUCGAGACGGCGCAGGACAGUACGAGGAUGCCUUCCGCCCGCACCGCCUGCAGAACUGGGGCGUGCCCCUGCCCCGCCGCCAGCGCCCCCCGCUGCGGGGGGGCCCCACGCAGAUCAUCGCCGAUGACCGAGGCCACCUGCUGCCAGAUGUGCCCCGCUGCCAGGCCUCCCCGUGGGGCUCGUUCCUGGGUACGUGGGACCUGCCCCGGCGGCUCCCCCCGGCCCGGCUGGACCUCACCGCCCGCUCCGCCGCCGCCGCCGCCCUGCUGCUGCAGCGGAGCCGCCAGCCCUGCGCGCUGAGCCGCGCCCGCAACGGCCUCCGCACGCAGCUCACCGGCAAGCCUCAGCAGCCUGGCUUGGACACUCCAACCUCCAAGAAGCCUUCCCAGAGGAGCAGUCAAGCACCCAGAGAGGACUCCGGAGUCCCAACCUCCAUCCCAGCCUCCAUCCCCCCCCACUCCAAGGGAGGCCACUCCUCGGGAAGCCACCGAGCUGCAGGGUUCCGCUCCCAGCCCGGGGGGCUCCGUCGUGGGGAGCAGAACUCCCCAGCCCCAGGCAUCGCCCGGAGCAAUGCAGGCAGCAGCCCCUGCGGAGCCCUGAGAGCAGCACAGCCACCGCUGCCGGGCUCUCGGCUGCUCCCCUCUGCUCCCCUCCCCUCUCGGCUGCUCUCCUCUGAUCCCUUCCCCUCUCGGCUGCUCCCUUCUGCUCCCUUCCCCUCUCGGCUGCUCCCUUCUGCUCCCCUCCCCUCUCGGCUGCUCCCUUCUGCUCCCUUCCCCUCCCCAGCUGCUCCACUCUGCUCCCUUCCCCUCUCGGCUGCUCCCCUCUGCUCCCUUCCCCUCCCCAGCUGCUCCCCUCUGCUCCCUUCCCCUCCCCAGCUGCUAGGCAGCUUCAUGAAGUCCAUCAGGCCAGAAGCUGAGCGAGCAGCAAGGACGAGGCAGGAGGAGCUGUGUGGGAACAGCCCUGGCUGGAGCAAGGGCUCCUGGAACACGGAGCUGGAGCUGCUCCCCUGCUGCCAAGCAGCUCCCUCCACAGCCCCACGGGCAGAGAGGGUCCCACUGGAGGCAGGAAGGGGCUGA